GUAUAUUUCACAUAUAUAAUUUUGGUACUCAAAUAUAGCAUCUAUCAUGACAUAUUCGUCCAUUCUUGCCAUGAUUGAUUGAAUAUUGCUUGAUAAUCAUCAAAAAGGAUCAUUUACUAGUCUUUGGUCUAUCUUGCAGAAAUGUGCGCAAAGGCACUAAUAAUCUUCAAGAUUCCGUCUAUGUGGCUAUCGAGAAGAGUGAAGAAGAGAAGAGAAGGAAGAAGAGACUUGUGUGAGAUGAAGAGAAGUAACCAGGGGGCUAGAUAAAGAAGUGGGAGGACCUUCUUGUGAAGAAAGAAGAGAAGGAAGAGGGUCAAACUAGAAAGUGCAGAUGAGAGGAGGGGAACAAAAUCCCUAGGCGCUGCAGGGAUCCGAUUAGGCCUUGCAUCUCAUCUCUCUCCCCCGAUCCCUUUCUUCUCCACCUCCGGCCGCCGCCGCGGCCAGGCCGGCGUGGCGGCGCGCCAUCCAUCACCAGCACCACCGCACCCCAGCGCGCCACCAACACCUCCACCAUCGCCCUACGCCUCCAUCCACACCUGCGCCAUCCAUCCACCACCAUUGCCCUGCGCCUCCGCAGACCAUCCAUCCACCAGCACAGCCAGCAUCCAGCGCCUCCAUCACCUCCAUCACCGCACCUCGCGCGCCAGAUCAGACUGGUGUCUGAUCCCCCACGCCCCCAACUGCUGCUUCUUCUCCCACGCCCCUCCUGCUGCUCUUCUCCUUCCCUCGCUGCUCCUCUUCUCUUCCCCACGCCCAAAACUGCUGCUGCUCCUUCUCUCCACAUCCCUGCUGCUCUCCAUGCCCCUGCUGCCUUCCUUCUUCUCCUCAACCUCCUACUACUGCCUCCUCUCCCCUACCACUGCUGCUCCCUCUUCUCCCUCAACAUCUAUAGUUGCUGCUCUCUCAACCCUCCUUGCUGCUUACCUGCUUCUUCUCUGAAUCUCCCAAACGCCGCUGUUGCUACCUGCUCUCCCCAGCGCCUUCUUACUGCUCCUCACUCCCUGACGCUCUGCUUCUUUUGGGAGAUUAUUCAGAUUUGGGUUAUGUAAUAUUUUGCUCUGCUCAUCAUUUCUCUGUAACGUUUUGGGUUGUGUAAUAUUCAGAUUUAACUAGUGCAAGCAACUUGUUAUUUGUUCAGUUUGGUACUGGUAAAAUAUAUUGCUAAUUUGGGAGAUUAUUGAUCUAUUAGAAAUGGCUUUGGUGUAUUAAUAUUCUGCUAGCAUAUGAAUGUAUUCACCCCUGUGUUUGUUCUCCCUGUACUAGUUAAUUUCUACUAGUGACUUUUAGUUGUUAAUUACUAUUUUGUUGAUCUGUGGGUACUAGUCUUGUGGUUUGUAUAAUCUCGUUCAUUUAUGUGUUGUCACUCGUGUACUGCUCUUAUUUCAAAUAAACUUGUUCAGUUUUGUGUAGUAUAUGUUUUAGCUCCAGUACUUGUGUUAUAAAGAACUCUGAUAUAAAUGCAUCUACCUUUUCUUGUAUAUGUCUGCUAGAUAUAUUUGUGAUCAUCUCUUGUUACUUUCUUUCUGUCAAUGCUGAUGUCCUGUGUCCGUAUUUAGUUUCUAAAAUGAUAUGAAAAUACCAAAAAAAGAGCGAGUUUCAAUCUUAAUCUCCUCGUGCCGUUUGUCAUUUUAUUUGUCAUCAUUCUAGAUUUGUAUUUUCUUCUUUCAUCAUCUAAAUUCUGUCACCUAGCUUUAGCCGAGCAUUGUUGUCGUCGCCUAGUCCCUGUGGAGAACACGACAUCCGUAGUUUGGGGCCUAAAAACCCCGCUAUACUUAAUUGAUCAUUUUGGCGCCAUUGCCGGGGACUAGCGUCGAGCGAUUGUGUUAGGCUAUAGACUAGAUUUACUUUAGUUCCUUGUUCAAUUCGUCGUGUAUUUCAUCUUCAGUGUUUUUUCCUCUACUUUCCCCCAUUGUUGCUUCAGCUUAUUAGGAUACUAACCUUCUGACUAGUGUUUAUUGUUUAUGAGUGUGUGUAGGGAAUCAUAAAUCUUUGUUGGUUGUUCUAUAGUUACACUUGGUUAAGAUAUGGCAUUGCUUCGUGAUCUUUGGAUGCCAAGUAGUCAAUGUUAUAUCACAGGACCGGUUUGGCCAACUAUUGAGGCAGAGAAUUUUGAGAUGAAGCCUGGUCUUAUUGCUUUUGUUCAACAACAACAGUUUGGAGGACUGCCCACUGAGGAUCCCUAUGAGCACUUAUACCGAGUCAUGGAGUAUUCAGGUACAGUCAAGUACCAUGGAGUUCCUCAAGAUGCUAUCAAGUGCAUGCUGUUCUCAUUCUCUCUCCGGGAUGAUGCUCGUGCUUGGUAUCGAUCCUUGCCAUCAAGAUCAUUCGGUUGGAAUGAGAUAUCACGAGCUUUCUUGGAUAAAUAUUUCCCACUACACAAGCAGUCCGCAAUUCGAGAUGAGAUCUUCAAUUUCGUUCAGCGUGAAGGCGAGAGCUUGAAUGAUGCUUGGGAGAUAUACAAAGCCUUAUUCAGGAGAUGUCCUAAUCAUGGGCUCGAGAGAUGGUUAGAGUUGCAGAUAUUCUAUAGAGGAUUGACUUCGAACACUCGAGCUUAUGUCGAUAUGGCAGCGGGUGGAGCUAUUACAAACAAGACACUUGAUGAAGCUUUUCUGCUGAUUGAGAGCAUAGCUUUCCACCAACUUCAGUGGUACAAUAAGAAGCCCACGUCUGAUUCAUUGGUUUGCUUGCAACAAAUCACUACACCUCAGCCACUAAUUCUUACACAGAAGCCUGAACCUCUAUCUCAGUGUGACAAGAUUGAGCUUGCAUGGAUUAUCUUUAACGAUGAUGACACCAUUCUAGUUGACACACACGCCACAGAUCAUAUGGAUACCAGUGUUGGAGAUUCGGUUUUGCAUUGUGAUGAUUCUUCCAUGGAUGAGCCAGAGCUGCAGUUAGUUGUUUUUGAUAUUGAGGAGUUACCUUUAGUUCAUAUUGAUCAAGUGUUGCUAGACCCAGAUAUGGAGAAGUUCACCUUCGAUGAUGUUAGCCGCAUUGCUUCCUCAACACUGGAGCCUGAGAUGGAGAGCUUCAUGGUUGAGUAUGGUGAGGUGGAUUCAGAUGUCAAGGAGCCAAGCUCUACUAUUUCACUUGUUGACACGAGUCCGGUUGAAAUUUCUACUACCACACCUCACUUGGUAUCUUCAAUUGAGGUAGUCCUCAAGCUUCUUCCUAACUAUCUUAGGUAUGAUCUCAGCUUUCUGGACAAGACAUGUCAUAUCGCUGAUAUUGCCUAUGCACCAUGUGACUUGUUGUUGAUACAUGUUCCUGAUUUGAUCAAUAGAUAUACGUAUAUGAUAGGGUACUCUAUCGAUGACUUAGAGGGCAUUCUCUCUGUCACUUGUAUUGGCUUGGUUGGUGAGUGUUCUUUCAGGUUGAUGCUUGUGUACCAUUUACUGCGAGUUAACUGAGUUCGAGAUGACAUUCCCUGGGAUCCUGGUGGAGCCAUGGCAUGGGGAUGAGGAGAAGCAAGGAGCACACAUGAAGAGAGAAGCUGGAGAAGGCAUGAGGAUAGGGAAGCAAAAGGAGAGGAGUCGCAAUGCACGAGGUUGUGAGAGUGAUCGAGCGAGACCUACAUCAUAUAAAGCCGAAAUGUGCGCAAAGGCACUAAUAAUCGUCAAGAUUCCGUCUAUGUGGCUAUCGAGAAGAGUAAAGAAGAGAAGAGAAGGAAGAAGAGACUUGUGUGAGAUGAAGAGAACUAACCAUGGGGCUAGAUAAAGAAGUGGGAGGACCUUCUUGUGAAGAAAGAAGAGAAGGAAGAGGGUCAAAUCAGAAAGUGCAGAUGAGAGGAGGGGAACAAAAUCCCUAGGCGCUGGAGGGAUCCGAUCAGGCCUUGCAUCUCAUCUCUCUCCCCCGAUCCCUUUCUUCUCCACCUCCGGCCGCCGCCACGGCCAGGCCGGUGUGGCGGCGCGCCAUCCAUCACCAGCACCACCGCACCCCAGCGCGCCACCAACACCUCCACCAUCGCUCUGCGCCUCCAUCCACACCUGCGCCAUCCAUCCACCACCAUUGCCCUGCGCCUCCGCAGCCCAUCCAUCCACCAGCACAGCCAGCAUCCAGCGCCUCCAUCACCUCCAUCGCCGCACCUCGCACGCCAGAUCAGACUGGUGUCUGAUCCCUCGCGCCCCCAACUGCUGCUUCUUCUCCCACGGCCCUCCUGCUGCUCUUCUCCUUCCCUCGCUGCUCCUCUUCUCUUCCCCAUGCCCAAAACUGCAGCUGCUCCUUCUCUCCACAUCCCUG